AUGUUUGCAACAAUAAUCAACAAAAUCAACAUGUUCUCCAAGAUUGCCACCAUCUCCAUCAGCCUUUUGGCUUCCUCUUCCCUCGUGGCUGGCCACGCUGCCAUCAUCAAGGCUACUGGUGAUGCAGGCGGUGCCGGUUCCGCCAUCGGUGUCGACCCCAACACUCCUCGUGACGGUACCAACCGCAACCCUUUCCAACAGGAUGCCACUCGCUUCCGUGGUGACGCCGCAGACACUUGCGGUGAGACACUUGGUGGAGGUGACAACGACAUCGCGGCUGGUACUGCUCAGGUCAUGCAGCUCAACGGCGCCACUCUUCCUCAGGUCUCUGCUGGUGGCUCAGUCAUGAUGACUGUUCACCAGGUCAACUCUGACGGUGCCGGUCCCUACACUUGCAUGGUCGACGCUACUGGUACUGGUACCAACUGGCAAGCCGCCACUGUCACCACCAACCUUCCUGGUAACGACCGUGGCCGCAACCGGGACACUCAGAUGCAGGAUCUUCCCCUGACCGUCUCCAUGCCCGCUGGCAUGACCUGCACAGGAACUGUCGCUGGCCAGAGCAACGUCUGCAUGGUCCGCUGCCAGAACCCCGCUCGUGCUGGACCUUUCGGUGGCUGUGUCCCCGUUCAGAUGGCCGGAGCUGCUGCUGCUGCCCCUGCCGCCGGUGCCGCUCCCGCUGCCGGUGCCGCCCCUGCUGGUAAGUCUUUCAUACUCAACUAUCUCUCAUUCAGUAACUAA